CACAAGAGGACGCCAGUCUCCCUCACCGCCGGUUUCUUACCAACAGUCUGGGUUGCCCUGUACUUUCUGACGGUCAUCAAACCCAAAUUACCCGUGUAAAACAGAUUUAAAACUUAAGUACUUGCUAACCUCGGUCCGUCAUAUUUCAGUGUCGGAAAUUCAAAAUGUUGGAAAAGAAUUUACAUCUGAAGUGUUCAUCCUGAAAGAUUGUACAAUUGUUAUUAAAAUGACCUUGGGUAAUGUGUGAAUUACAGAAAAGUAGGUUAAUGAUUACUGCGCAGCAGUGUAAUGCAGCACGAAGCUACCGGCGCUGGUCACGGACAGUGUAUUCAGUAAAUGCUACCGUUCAUACACGUACUCUCAAACUUUACUACCAUUGACUCAUCAGUAGAAGCUUCCUUACUCGUGUUCCAUCAGAUCUACUACACUACUCUCGUCCUGUAUGCUCCAAGAACAGUUGAUAUCCCAGGUAGAAUAUAAUCUGCCUAACUCAGCAAACACCCUUCCACGCCCCCCUCAAACACCAGGUCUGAAAAUACCAGAGUCUCUCCACCAAUCAGAAGGAUGGACGUGUGUUGACGUUGGUGACGUUGACGGGAGUCGGGAGUGAAGGUGGCUACUAGGCUGUGUGCAUGUGAGGCGGCUUAGUGGCAGGCUCACACAUGAAACAUUAGUGUAAAAGGGUUAAGAUUACCAGGAAAAUAAGUGUAUCCAUCGACAAUGAAACUAAGCGGACUCAUUUGUUUCUUCACACUAUUCAUGUGUACAUAUGGGCGUGGUACUCAACAUGUAACAUGUGGGUCUGUGGUGAAACUGUUCAAUGCUUAUUACAAGGUGCGUCUUCAUUCUCAUGACGUGAAGUAUGGUUCAGGCUCAGGUCAGCAGUCUGUCACAGGCACACCACAGCAAGAAGACCACAACUCAAAUUGGCUUAUAAAGAGGACAUUGAAACAGCAGUGCAAACGAGGGGAACCAGUUACUUGUGGACAGACUCGCCUGCAGCACCUGGCAACAAGGAGGAACCUACAUUCACAUCACUUUUCCUCGCCUCUAUCAGACAAACAAGAGAUUUCAGCAUUUGGAGAAGAAGGAGAAGGUGAUUCUGGCGAUGACUGGGUUGUUAUUUGUGAUGGUGAAGAAUGGGAUCGUCGACAGAGCAUCAUGCUCCGACAUGUAGACACAGAUGUGUACCUUGGUGUAACAGGACAACAGUAUGGCCGUCCUAUCAAUGGACAGAAUGAAGUUGUAGGGUUGUCACGACCAGGAGUACAAGCUAAAUGGGAGACGAUGGAAGGAGUCUUCAUCAAUCCAUCACAUUUUUCUGAUGAUAGUAGAAUAUUUCAUGAUCCCUCAGAACUCUAAUGACACUUUUUAUAUUUUCUGAUAAAGAUGUAUCACAAGCCUUCUGUUCAUAGUCUUGCUUUUUAUAUUGAGAGAAUGAGCUUUAGAGUUGGAAGUCAUUGUUACUUGAAUUAAAGUUAUGGUAAAACCUGUUCAUCAUUUUGUGCUUCAUACAUUUUGUUAAGAAUAUUCUUCACAAGAUAAUUGGAAUUCUUGUCAGUGAAUUUACUCAGCAAAAUCUAUACAUGCCAGUAUGGUGAAAUUGAGUUUUUUGCUUGUAGAAUUAAGUGUUGGCAAUGACCAAAGUACAGGUAUUGUAUAGUUUUUAUUUUUAUAAUUCAAUUGGCAGAAAUAUCAAUAUACAGGUAAUGGAUUUUUUUCUCUCUUUAGUUACAAAUCUCUCUAUGUACUGUGUGUAUGCCAUUAAAUUCAGUACAUAUAUGUUUCAAGAAAAUGAGAUCAUCAUUAUUUAUUUAUUAUGAUUAAAAGGAAUUUAUAUUGUAUGUUCAUCCAAAAUGAAUGUCUGUGUCACUUAAGGUGAACAUUAGUAAAUGAUUCAAUACA